AACGAUUCAAGGAUUCUGUGGCAAUUCCUCUGGUUAUUUCCUGCCUUGAGACAAUAGUCAAAUAUGGGAGAAGUAUAUGCGCCAUCAGUAAGUGUUUGGAAUUAGACCUUUCAGACAAUAAGUUUAAUUUUGCAGUUUAGCUUCGCCGCAUGCUUAUUUUUUCGAAUGUUUAUAUCACACAGUGGUCCCGACAGAUGUUCAGUUUGCUAAAACUUUGUACAGAAUACCUAAGCGUUUCAUAGGGUGUUUGACCAUGUUAACUUGACGUCGUUGAUUUCACCCUUCUUCUUCCUUUUUGCAAGGCAAUAUUUUGUCGAACUAAAUACAGGCAGUUGGUACAUCAAAGCGGUUUGUCACGCCGCAAAUUAUGUACAAAGCGUUGUAAAUAAUGGGUGUGUUAUUCAGGCCUUCCCAUCGCCAGCUGAUCGCAAGAUCAAAAGAUCAACCUGUUACCAAUAAUAGCUGGAUCACUUGUGUACAUAGCUUAGGUUUCUGCAUAAAAACAACUCAGAUUUUUGAAGAACUCGAUUCAUUAAUAGGUUGAAAACUGAAGGUCUUUUAAAAUAACCUAGGGAUAAUUUAAACAUUCCCAAGUGGUAUUCUUAGGGACAAUCAUAUCACUGCCCCAAAAUCAUAGCCCUCUACAUGUCUUGUAUUUGUACAAUUGUAACUUUUAAGAACAGUUCAGACUACAAAAUAACCUUUGAUUUUCACCACUUAAAUUACAUUGUACUUCUUAGGGUCAGUCUGAGGCGGCACAACUUCUCGCCACAUUUUGGCCUCGUCAAAUGCAAGAGAUCAGAAAUAUGAAUACUGUAAGUGACAGUUAGAAAUAAAUUUACAGCAGAUGAGAAAUCCCUCGCAUCAUGGGUGGUUUUUUAUGUAUUUGUAGAGAUGCCCUUUAAUUUUAUUAUCAGUCAUGGAUUAGUUGGAGGAGGUGAUUGUUUGAAGGUUGGUGCUGAGUACUUUUCAAAGUAUUUAUGGUCCAUGUCAGUUAAGUGUCUGGUACCUUUAGAUCAAAAUCCAUACAGCAAUUGUGUGUGUGUGUUCAAAUCAGUUUAAUUAAGAGGUAAAAAUUUCUUGCAUUAAAAAUUGCUAAAAGACACAACCAUACUAGUAAGGUGUUUAAUAAAAUUGGGUUUUAUCAACUUAGCUGUUGGGAUUAGGUAGAUCAGCUGCAGUAGGGAGGUACAUGUUGAGAAGCUGAUUUUUCAUUUAUGAAACCUUCACCAGGGUGCAAAGAAAAAACAGUUUUACAGCUUGCCAUUCAGGCAAGUUGUACAGUGUAGCUAGCAUGUACUAGCCCAAGAGUCAUUUUAACUAGCACACCCCCCCACCAAAAAAAAAAAAAAAUAAUAAUAAUAUUGAUUAUGAUCAAAACUGAUUACAGUUUUCCUGUAAUUUAAAUUUCCAAAAAAUCUACUUGCUUCUUGGACAAGUUAAGGACUGAAUACACUAGCCCAAUAGCAAAAUCCACUAGCCCUGGGCUAUCAGACAUGACUUUGUUUGCAUGCUGCUUCAUCAGAGUGAAUCAUUGAGUGGAUAGAGGGUUUUUUGUGGUAAUGUAAUCGAGGUUGGGGCUAUGUUUUUGGUAGGAGCGUGAUAACAUGAUUAUUAGUUGAAUGAAAACCAUUCGUCGAUUCUGUCGUGAUUAAGGGCAGAUGAAGCUGGCAGGAAGGAGGCAUUACACAGUGCUUUUUAUCCUUGUUCCUUUGUACAUAAGAAGUUGGCACCAGCUGAAGAUACCUUCUCCUUCUCACAUCGUUGUUAUUCAAAGAGCACUUUUCUUUCUUUCAGAAUGAUUUUAAGGUUCAAGAGCUGCCACUUGCAAGAAUUAAGAAAAUAAUGAAACAAGAUGAGGAAGUAAAGGUAAUUUUUAAUACAGGGUUUUCCUCAUAAUGCCCUGUUUAUAAAAAUGUGUAAUAAAUCUAACUACAGAUUUUUAAAACCUGCCUUUUUUAAGACAGUGGUCCAGCUUUGUCUUAAUAUGGAAGUAAAAAAGUGUUGUGAUAGCUCAGUGUUCAGUAACAGUUUAUUUUAAGCUUCAGCCUGCCCAAGUUUCUUUCAAAGGGUUAAAAUGAGGCUCUAUAGAUAUUUUUCUCUUUAGAAUUACCAAAAACUUACAAUGUUACAAGUUAAAAUUUUAUUUCAGUUUAAAAAUUUUCAACCUAGGUUGAUUGUCAGUUUCCUUUGUCUCCUAGCCUUAAUUCAUGAAUAAAUAGAGAAUCAACCUAGGUUAGAAAUAGAGAAUCAACCUAGGUUAAAAAAUUUUACCCUGAAUUAUAAUUUUGAACAAUAACAUAAUUAUACACUGUAUCUGUGAAUCUACAGUAGGGGAGUGAAUAAAUUACUUGUAUAUUGUUAACAAGACAGUGUUAUGUUUUUGUCUGCAGAUGAUCAGUGCAGAGGUAAGAUCACUGCUGAAAUUUGUUUGCACAUACAUGCACAGUACCCUUUAAGUAGGGGUCCUUUCAAUGUUGAGCCGAUCAAAACACCUCAGCUUGCAGGGCAGUCUUCAAAUUAACUUUGAUCAAAUUAUUUUUUUGUUUCCAUUAAGGUGAGUCUGUAUGGUAGCUAGAUAGCCUUUAUUUUAAAACGAUGAGUAUUGAAGCUACACGAGCUUGUGGGGUCGUUUGCAAUUAACAAAUCAUUAAGUAGACUAAAAAACUAACGACUAGGGGUAUAUACAGAAAAAAACGUUUGAACCUAAAUCAGCGGUGCUUACAAAUAUGAAAUUGUGAACAUAAAUUUAAGUGUAUACAAAGUCAUCUUUUCUAAAAUUACAAGUGGAUGCAGACGUUAUCUUAAAGGUGAAUUCAUUAAAAUUAACUUGAGAUUUAAGCUUUAGCCUGAGAUCACGAUAUGGAAUGUUUUUUGUCAGGGCAUUACAGUUGUUGGUCACUGCAUUCCACAGGACUGAGCCUCUAAACGCGACAGAGUCUUUCAUGUAACGAGUGUUGAAGCGUGGAACAAUUAAAGAAGCGCAAGUCCGAGUUGAAUAGUGGCAACUUUUGAAAAAAAAAUCAUGCAAAACUCAGUAAAGUUUUAUUAAUUAGCAUGUGUUAUAGUAUUCAUUAUCAUCAUUAUCAUAAUCAUGUCUCUGAGCCAGAAGGAAAACAAGUCUGUUGCCAUGACAGUCAUGUUUUUAAGGAACUUAACUGUAUUUUUGUAUAACAAUUUCCUGUAAAAUGCUGGAUUCUAUUCUAACAUGCUGAAGAUUUGUCAUUGACAUUAAAAAAAUUAGUUUUUGGUGCAAAGCAAAAAAUACCUGAGUUGCAUUGAAAGUAAAUACAUUCAGAGUUUAUGAAUUUUUUACCUGUCAUAUAUGCCAUAAAUUUAAAUGGAUAUGUAAACUCAGACCAUUUUGCUGUUCUGUUUAGGCUCCAGUUUUGUUUGCCAAGGCUGCCCAAAUCUUCAUUAAUGAGUUGUCGCUUAGAGCCUGGAUUCACACAGAAGAUAACAAGAGAAGAACUCUACAGGUAAAACAAAAUAAUGCAAGUAUUUGCACUUUAUGACAUGCAAAUGAAAUGCCUUAGUCUAGUGUGCCCUAAUAUUAAGUUGUAUGCAAACUAAGAUUUCCUUGUCAUCCAAACGAAAAAGUUAGUUGCCUGGGUCCAAUGGGUUUUGCUAGAACACAGCGGCAUUCAAGCAAUCAUCAUUAACUUAGUUAUCAUACCCUUUUAUUUCAUUUUUUCAUCUACAUCAUUGUUAUAAUUAAUUAGGUAAAUAAUGUUUUUGUUGUUUAUUUUUGCAGAGGAAUGAUAUUGCCAUGGCAAUCACCAAGUUUGAUCAGUUUGAUUUUCUAAUUGACAUUGUUCCAAGAGAUGAACUGAAGCCUCCUAAACGACAGGUAAGUGUCCUGUGUGUGACUGACAUCUAUCUGCUUAAAAUGUCUCUGCAGUAAGGUUCAGUGGAACCUCUUCCUACUACCAACAAACUUGGAAUUGACCAGGCAUUUGUUUUUUCUUCUCUAUGUAACAGUGACUGUCGUAUUGAAGGAUUUCUACGGUAUUUAUUGUAGAUGACACUUAAUGGCUGGUCCCAAGGGAAAUAAUGAGAUUGCAGGAAAGCAAAGUUAACCAAUUUCCCACUAAACUAGCCAUCAAGUGGUUUAUUAUGUAGUUAAUGAAGAAAAACUUCUUUGUGUACAAAUUCUUGAAAGUACAGUUAAAUCUCAAUGGAGUCAGUGGUCAAUAGUUACUGGUGACAGAGCUCCGUUACCCUCUGACAUCAAAGAUUCGUGUUAAGAAAUUAUAUUAUAGUGCUAUUGUUCUUGUGUUUAAGGCAUAGCAAGCUCAAAACACAGUUGAGACCCAAACUUGUUUAGAAAUAAGGCCCCAUUUAUUUGGCGAAAAGUUGUCCCGCGUAAAAGGGUCACCUGCCUACGUGAGCUACCCUGGAUGAGCCAACUUUUCGUACAGUUCCCUAUAAAAUGUGGCGAACCAUUAAUUACAUGACCGUGAAAAAAAAAGGUUGGUGCAGCUAGAAGGGUGACCCUCCUUAGUAGCCAGGUCACCCUUUUGUGAUAGCAGGGUUAUCCUCCUAGCCAGGCCAAGUUUUCUCCAUAUAAACACUUUUGCUCACCCAGCCGGGUCAACUUAGUCAAGGUGAGACAACCAGAGCAUGCAUGAGUGCUGUUUUAGGCAAUCAGAACAUGCAUGAGUACUAUUGGCUUGGGCAAAGGGGUCAACCUUUUAGUCAUGUAGAGGCUUACUAAGGUUGGCUCAGCUGAGAUUGUGACCCUUCUAGUUAGGACAAGUGUAUAAACACGGCCUUAGUUAUGCCUGUUAGAGUGGACGCACCCAAUGAGUGCUAUUCAAUGUUGUUAUAUUAGGAUCCCAUACGGCAGACUGUUGUGGCACCAGAUCAAGUGCAGUACUACUUCCAGCUAGCCCAACAUCAUGCUGUCACAAUGCAACAACAUCAAGCCCAACAACAACAGCAACAGCAACAACAGGCCCAACAAGCACCACCUCAACAGCAGCAACAGCAGCUGACAACACAAGUUCAACAAGCUCAAGUAGCAGCCAGCACCCAGCCACAGACCAUUAUCACUAGUGUACCUCAACAACAGAUCGUUACUAUGGCAGUAAGUUUGUAUUCAUUACGAACUCUUAUUAAAUUAUGGAGAAAAAAGAAUUAUGGAGGGCAAAGCAGGAGAAACACUAGCAAUAUUUUAGCCCCAAACUACAUUGUUGUAUUUCUCUAAUGUUAUUAAGUUUUUUUUCAAACCAUUUUGAAGCCCCCAGAGAUCAGGCAAAAAAAUUGCACAAAUCCAGUUGUACACUGUAUGUUCCUUUUAUUAAAGUGUUUGGGUAAAGGGCUGGGACUGGAAAUUUGCCUGAUUAAAACGUGUACCGGUGAAUGUUAUGGUUAUUAUGUGUUUGAGUCUUACAAUGUAGGUACUCUGAUAGGAAAACAAAUCACUAGCAAUACCAGAAACUGAUUUUCUCUGGCUACUUUCUUUCUUUUUCUUGCUUUUAGUUUUUAACAAAAUUGUGAGAGAGAGUGAAUUGGACGUAAAAGGGGGAGGUUUUGUGAUCAAAAGAAAUACAGUUGACUCCCAAUAACUCAAACCCUCGCUAACUCGAAACAUACACUAACUCGAACCCAAAUCGAUUUCCCCUUGAUUUCGUAGAUACAUUUACUGUAAUUUUAUCCUCAGUAACUCGAACCCCUCAAUAACUUGAACCUCCCGCUAACUCAAAGUAGUUUUUGUUUCAACUCAGAUCAUUUCUCAGUCUAAAAUUUUGCCCUCGAUAACUCAAACCAUGUUUUGAGCCCUUAAAAAGUCGGGAAAAAAACAGUCUACUGGAGUCCGAAACAUUGAAUAUUGAAUUUCCUAUUGAAGUGUUGUGGGCAUAUAGUUUGCUAGUGGAGGCUAAUGUUGUUUGUCACAAAUCUAAGGUGAAACAGCUUUACUUCUCAAUACAGUAAAACGCAUGCUCUAUUUAGGCUUUGUUUUGUAACGUUACAUUCUGAUUUAUAAUCUAGAAGUAUCUUUUAAUUUUCACUUAACAUUUCUACACAUUUUUUUAAAUGUGAUUAACAUGUUCACUGUGUAGUAAAAACUGAUUUUUUCCUUGCUAUUCCCUUUAAGCUUGCGAUAACUUGUACUCCCGUUAACUCGAAAUUUUUUCGAUUUCCCUUGAAGGUUCGAGUUAUUGGAGUCAACUGUAUUAAAUUUCCUUUCCCAUCUUUGCCCUUAUAAGGUACAAUGUGUGGGCUUAUAACAUCGAAUUACUGUUAAUGUUUUGUUUCGUUUUGCUUUAGCCUGGCCAGGCCCAAAUAAUACAGAAUCAGCCACAAGAGCAAAGUGAAGUCCAGUAUCCAGUAAGUAACUAAUUUUUUGGGUUUGGAAAAAAUGGUACCAAAUGAAACAAUAAAUUACAAAGUGUAGUAAAUGAGUUACCGUUUAUCCUCUUUUAAGCUCCCAGGGGGCUUAUUUAUUUUAAGCAUGUUUGAGAGGGUGGGGGGCUUAAUUAAUGUACCAAAAUGGCCAAAAUUGGGCACCAUACUGCUUUUUCAAACGACCACGUAUCAAUUCUUUAUAAAGAACUAGAACGUGAAAAUGCUCAAGCACGUGAUAUUAGAGGUCUUGCAACCAAAGAUCAAAGCUAAACCAAACUCCCAGCAUUUGAAUAAACCAUACCAGAUCAGUCCAUCUUUUAUUAAUUUGGUUGUGAAGAAUAAGGAGGGAACAGAGAGGAGAGUUGGGGGGCUAAUAACUCUCUUUCACUGAAAAGGGGGGGCAGAGAUGGGGGACUUGAUAGAUGAUUUAUGGUAGAUCAAAGCUUAUUCUAACUCCUCGUGAGCUAUCAUAUUUUGCACUCUGACACACCCCCAAAAAUUAAUACUUGGCCUACAUGUAACUACAGUAUAUUCACUGUGUUCUCUGUGACUUCAAAAAUGCAUUUUCUGAUGAUAUUAUCAUGUAAUGCAAGGAACUUGAAGCUCAACUGCAACAAAUGUUUGAUUUUCUUAGCAGAUUCAUUUUAACCCUGCUCAAAUGCAAUACAUCCGCAUGCAGCAGAUUCAACAACUUCAACAGCAACAGCAACAGCAGACACAAGCACAACAACAGGGACAGCAACAAGCAGCACAACAACCACAGGCUGCCCAACAACCAACACAGGCAACUGCUGACCAGGCACAACAGCAGGCUCAGCAGCAGGCCCAACAAACCAACACACAACCUACGGAAUUCACAUUUACUUCUGGAGGACAGGUAACAAGAUUACAUUGUGUAAUUUAACAGAGUCCACCUUUUGUGGGAAGGGGCAUGGGUUUAAAUUGAAAACUCUUUAAGCCACUCUUUUUUCAGUGGGCACAAGCAUGCACUGUGAGAAAAGCUGAUGGGGAAGUCUUUGUCAAACCAGAUAAAAAGGGGCCUAGAUAUUCAUGUUCCAAAGUACAGGGAGGAUAGGUGAGAGAAACCAAAGAAUGUCUUUUUUGCAGUCUGGGGGGUGCUGGGUCGGGGCAUAUACAGUCAUGUACAGAAACCAUCAUUCCUUUUGUGAAAUGGUUGAUCCUCUCCAGUUCAUCUCUAGGAAUAAUGCACAAUGUUUUAAAAAUUAAACAAGAGCAACUGCUACAAAAGGAAGGAAGUCCAUUUCUGAGUUGCUUUAAGCCUCUACCUCAAAGCAAGGCUAAGUGCGAAGCUAUUGAUAUGGAAAUGAAAUUUUAUACUCAUGCAAAUAAAACUCAUUUUCACAAGAAAGGUUUUGCACUUUGCUUCGUUUUCAAAGUGAGGGUAUUAUUUUGGAACUUGGAAAUGCCUAUUUUAGGUUCGAACAGCUGUAAAAUCAAAUUAAAUUAUAUUUUUUUUUCUUUUUUACCAUCCAAAGAUUUAUCAAAUUCAGCAACAUCCUCACACAGGAGUGACAGCAGUGGCAGUUGCUGCUCCUCAAGGAACCUUUAUACAACAGCAAGGCAGCGCCCAGGAACAAGCAACACUUGCUGCUAAUGAACCACCACAACAACAAUAGACAGGUACACUGUUAACCUUUAAGCCCCAAUAUCCACAUACAAAUUCUCCAAACUGAUCUCCAUACAUUUCCUUCAUGGAUGAGUUGAGAGAAUUUGAUAAUUGAUAAAGGCAUUUCCCUUAGGUGAUAAUUUUAUUAAUUCUCAUAACCUAAUCUCUUGACUUUGUAUGGAUAUGGUCAGGAGAAAAUUGAUGUUGGUCACUAUUGGGACUUAAAGGGUUAAUCACAUCAAUAGCCUCUGUAAGUCUCCCAUUCACCCGCUGUAUACGGCCUGUCAUGUACAUCUCGUAUUUAGAAGACGCAUUACACAAAAAAAUGUAGGUUCUGUCCUGUCGGUUGCCUCGUGUCUAAUGUUAGAUUAUGUUAUUUGGGCUGUCACCAUUUACUCUCAGUGUGUUAUUUUGUAAGGAUUUUCAUAGUGGGUCGCAAUUGAUCCCACUUAGGAGACCAGCAUUGUAAUAGGGCUCUAUUAUGCGCUGCUCUUUGGUAAUAAACCGCACUAUAAAGAGUGUUCCAGUAAAAAAUGGGAACACUGCAUACUGAGUCUCGGUGAUGCUUUCAUUCCGGGCUUGGGCGUCAAGUUCUAACCCUAAAACUGCUUUGUAUUUAGAUGAGUUCUUUUGUCUAAUUCGCAAAAAGUUAAUUUUGUUUUUACAUAUUACCACGAAUGCCUUUAGUCUCAAGUUUAAUGUAAAACAACUAUACUUCUAAUCAAUGAAUUCGCGGCAAGUAAAUCCUGUUUGUCUAUAACUAGCCCGUUUUAUUGCGGUCAAAAAUCGAACGCAAACGAAAUUUGUUUGAGUAAAUUCAGUUACCAACGUUUUUUUAAGAAAUCAAACGUUUCGAACCAAUGAAACUUAAUUCGAAACGAAAUCCACGGCAUAUAGUGAAUUUCGCUGCUUUGUCCAAAAAGUGGCCACUAGACUAAAGGUUUUUUCUCUUUAUUUCAGUGUCUAGAUUGUGGGCCCGAAUGGAAGAUAUUUAAAAGUAUACUUUAUCAUACAAAUUUGCUCCUAUAUACAACAACGCAACGAUACCUACUCGCCAAGCUUGGCCGCUGCAGAAACCAAACGCAUGGAGUAAUUUAUUUUUGCUGCGAGUUCUGCCGCCGAACAUUGUUUUAUACGCAUUUAGCAUUUUACCCCAUUAAACUGGGUAAUCUAAUUACUCAGGAUGAAUGGGGGUGGAUGUAAACUAUAACGUGGAUGAGGCAAUCCGGGCUGUCGAUUUUUUGAGAGUAC